AUGACAAUCCUAGUUUACAAUGACUCAGAUUUUGUGGGCCAAAUGUCUUCAAUGAACACCACGAAGGAGCCGUUUGCUUCCUCUACAUCACUCACAUCUACAACAUUAUCCGAUAGUGAAGCAAUGGAGCGUGAUGCGUUGCUGAAUGGCACCACAAACCACCAACACACUAGACAAAGGAAGCAAUACCAGCGCUCGACUUUUGACUGGUUGCUCGGCGUCGCGUUCCUCGUGAUUGUAGCGCUCAUUUGGACGUUUGCGAGCGUAUUAGUGCAGUAUAUUUUCCACACCUUAAGCUUUCAAAGCCCUUUUUUCCUUACAUACGUUGGCAUUUCACUCUUCUCGGUAAAUCUUCCACUCUGGUACGCAUCACACGUGUUGUAUUCAAGACUCAAGAAGGCGUGGUUUCGUGCUUUACCAACAAAUGGCAAGCUCAGUGACAAGGAACUGCAACAAAGAUCAAGUGCACAGACCAGCUACUUCCAAAUCUUUCGCAUCAGUGCCAUCAUCUCGCCGCUCUGGUUCAUUGCCAACUUUACGUACAACGAGAGUCUGAACCUAACGAGUGUGUCAAGCAGCACGAUCGUUAGUUCGACGUCCACCGUAUUCACAUUUCUACUGAGUGUUGUAGCUCUAAAGGAACCUUUUGUCUGGAUGAAACUAGCAGGCGUGAUUUUCUGUAUGGCAGGCAACAUUUCGACGAUUUUCAACGACGGAGAGACGAAUGGUGGUACGGAUCAUGUGGUUGGAGACCUCGUAGCGCUUUUUGCUGCCUUCAUGUACGCUGUGUAUACGACAGCAAUUCGUCAACUAAUUCCUGAUGAUGAGAGCGUAAGCAUUUUACUGUUUUUUGGAAUCAUUGGGAUUAUCAACAUGGUAUGUCUGCUGCCAUUUGUCGUGGUCUUUCACUAUUCCAGCAUUGAGUCACUCAGUGGUUUAUCACUCGAGAUCAUUCUUCUCAUCAGUGUGAAGGGUCUGUUUGAUAACGUGUUGUCGGACUACCUCUGGGCACGUGCCGUGCUGCUUACGUCACCGACUGUGGCUACGGUUGGACUAUCACUGACCGUCCCACUAGCGAUUGUGGCCGACUUUUGGUUUCAAAACAUGCCGCCCACGAACGUGACACUUGUGGCUUCAGCGCUUGUUAUCGUUGGAUUUGUGCUGAUUAAUAUUGGUACAAAGCAGAAUCUGCACGAGUUCCACGACCCUCAGCGCUCUACGGACUGUUCCGACAAAAUUCUUGAUUCCCGCUUGAGCAGUACCAAUAAGUCAGUCAGUCAGUCACUGCAUUGA